AUGAACAUACCACAGCGUCAAUUUAGCAACGAAGAAGUCAACCGCUGCUAUUUAAGAUGGCAGCAUUUAAGAAAUGAGCACGGAAUGAAUGCUCCAAGUGUACCGGAGUUUAUUUAUCUGACUAAAGUGUUACAAUUUGCUGCCAAGCAACGCCAAGAAUUACAAAUGCAACGCCAACAGCAAGGUAUUGCAGUUUCUCAGCAAAGCAUCGUUCCAAAUUCUUCGGAUCAAGCAGAACUGCCGAAUAAUACUUCUUCGCACAUUUCUGCCUCUGCUUCCCCACAUUUAGCUCCGAAUAUGCAACUGAAUGGCAAUGAAUCUUUUAGCACUUCUGCUCAUCAAUCACCAACCAUGCACACACAGAUGCCGUUAAAUAGCAAUGGCAGUAACAACAUGCUACCACAACGGCAGUCUUCAGUUGGAUCAUUGAAUGCAACCAAUUUUUCACCAACACCAGGAAAUAACGGAGAAGGUGCUGCGGAGAAACCCAAUAAUUCAAACCACAAUAGCUUCAACGUUAAUACUUCUGAACUACAGGCUCAAAAUCUACAAUUGCAGGAACAUAAUAUUCAAGAUUCAAAUGUGAUGCCAAGUUCGCAAAUAGAUUCUCCAAUGCCUCAGCAGGCGCAGAUGCAGCAGGCGCAAUUUCAAGCACAGCGUGCACAACAAGCACAGCAUGCACAACAAGCACAGCAUGCACAACAAGCACAGCAUGCACAACAAGCACAGCAGGCUCAAGCGAGGCCGCAACAGGGCAGAAGAUUACCUAUGACAAUGUUUACUGCCGAGCAAUCCGAACUGUUAAAGGCCCAGAUCACAUCUCUAAAAUGUUUGGUAAAUAGAAAACCUAUUCCAUUUGAAUUUCAAGCUGUCAUUCAAAAAUCUAUCAACCAUCCUCCAGAUUUUAAAAGAAUGUUAUUGUCUUUGAGUGAGUUUGCUAGGAGAAGACAACCUACGGAUCAAAUUAGUCAAUCAAAGCAUAAUGGUGGCAAUGAUACGCAGCAACCCAGUUCCAAUUCCCAGUACAAUAACACUGACGCUGAAAACGUGUCUGGACCUACCAAACAUGCACCUCUGGACGGCAGGGACAAAGCUAUUGCACCUGUUCCACCAGCUGGUCCUUCUAAUGAACAUAUUGCAAAAGACAGCCCACUCGAUAAAAAUACGCAAAAUGUAAGCGGUACUCCAAUGGCGCAAACAGAAUCAAAAAAAGAAGAAAACGAAACUGUGCCAAACGCCGCUGGAACAGCGUCUAAUAAUAGUAAGGCCCUCACUGAACAAAAUAAACCGCCAAAACCACAGAAACCCGUUCCUUUAAAUGUCCUUCAAGAUCAAUAUAAGGAAGCUGUAAAAGUGGUAGAUAUGGAUGAUCCUGAUAUAAUGGUCGAUUCUUUUACGAUGCCAAAUGUCUGCCAUGGUAGUAUUGACUACCAGACUUUAUUGGACAAUUCGGAUCACGCAAAGUUUACGAUUGAGCCUGGCGUUCUACCGGUUGGUAUCGACACACAUACUGCUACCGACAUUUACCAAACUUUAAUUGCAUUAAACCUAGAUACUACAGUGAAUGACUGCUUGGAUAAACUGCUGAAUGAUGAAUGUACGGAAUCAACCAGGGAAAAUGCCCUUUAUGACUAUUAUGCUUUGCAAUUGUUACCGUUACAAAAAGCCGUAAGAGGACAUGUGUUACAAUUUGAAUGGCAUCAAAACUCUUUAUUAACCAAUACACAUCCAAAUUUUCUUUCGAAAAUUAGAAACAUCAAUAUUCAAGACGCAUUGCUAACAAAUCAAUUAUAUAAGAACCAUGAAUUAUUAAAGUUGGAAAGGAAGAAGAUCGAAGCAGCAGCAAGGCUAAAGUCUAUGAAUAAAUCUGCCAUUAAUCAAUACAAUAGAAGACAAGAUAAAAAGAAUAAAAGGUUGAAAUUUGGCCAUAGACUUAUUGCUACCCAUACUAAUUUAGAAAGAGACGAACAAAAGAGGGCUGAAAAAAAGGCGAAAGAACGUUUACAAGCUUUAAAGGCGAAUGAUGAGGAAGCAUAUAUAAAAUUAUUAGACCAAACCAAAGAUACAAGAAUUACACAUCUUCUAAGGCAAACAAACGCAUUUUUGGAUUCUUUAACAAGAGCGGUAAAGGACCAGCAAAAAUAUACUAAAGAAAUGAUUGACUCCCACAUAAAGGAAGCAUCGGAGGAAGUGGAUGAUUUAUCUAUGGUACCCAAGAUGAAGGAUGAAGAAUACGACGACGAUGAUGACAAUUCUAACGUCGAUUACUACAAUGUUGCACACAGAAUUAAAGAAGACAUCAAAAAGCAGCCUUCAAUAUUGGUUGGCGGUACCCUAAAAGACUAUCAAAUCAAGGGUUUACAGUGGAUGGUAUCACUUUUCAAUAACCAUUUAAAUGGUAUAUUAGCAGACGAAAUGGGUCUUGGUAAAACUAUCCAGACGAUUUCCUUGCUUACAUAUCUAUAUGAAAUGAAGAAUAUUCGUGGACCAUAUCUAGUCAUUGUUCCUUUAUCUACGUUGUCAAAUUGGAGCAGUGAAUUCGCCAAAUGGGCCCCCACCUUAAGAGCCAUAUCAUUCAAAGGUUCACCAAAUGAAAGAAAGGCUAAGCAGGCUAAGAUAAAAGCCGGGGAAUUUGAUGUUGUUCUGACUACAUUCGAGUAUAUUAUUAAAGAAAGAGCACUUCUCUCUAAAGUAAAGUGGGUACAUAUGAUUAUUGAUGAAGGCCAUAGAAUGAAAAACGCACAAUCCAAGCUUUCUUUAACUUUGAACACGCAUUACCACGCAGAUUAUAGGUUAAUUUUGACUGGUACACCACUACAAAAUAACUUGCCAGAACUAUGGGCCUUAUUAAAUUUUGUGUUACCCAAGAUUUUCAACUCCGUGAAAUCUUUCGAUGAGUGGUUCAAUACACCCUUUGCCAAUACCGGCGGACAGGAUAAAAUUGAAUUGAGUGAAGAAGAAACGCUUUUGGUUAUUAGGAGAUUGCAUAAAGUCCUAAGGCCCUUCUUAUUGCGUCGUUUGAAAAAGGAUGUGGAAAAAGAACUACCGGAUAAAGUUGAGAAAGUAGUGAAGUGCAAAAUGAGUGCUUUACAACAAAUCAUGUACCAACAAAUGUUGAAGUACCGUCGUCUCUUUAUUGGUGACCAAAAUAAUAAGAAAAUGGUAGGUUUAAGAGGUUUUAAUAAUCAAAUCAUGCAAUUAAAGAAAAUCUGUAAUCACCCUUUUGUAUUUGAAGAAGUCGAGGAUCAAAUCAAUCCGACGAGAGAAACAAAUGAUGAUAUUUGGCGUGUUGCUGGCAAAUUUGAACUAUUAGAUAGAAUCUUACCUAAACUCAAGGCAACCGGGCAUAGGGUAUUGAUUUUUUUUCAAAUGACCCAAAUUAUGGAUAUUAUGGAAGAUUUUUUAAGGUAUAUCAACAUCAAGUAUCUGAGAUUAGAUGGUCAUACGAAAUCUGAUGAGCGUAGUGAACUCUUGCGUCUAUUUAACGCGCCUAAUUCGGAAUACUUGUGCUUUAUCUUAUCAACCAGAGCAGGUGGUUUGGGUUUGAAUUUACAAACUGCAGACACUGUCAUUAUUUUUGAUACUGACUGGAAUCCACAUCAAGAUUUACAAGCUCAGGAUAGGGCCCAUAGAAUUGGUCAGAAAAAUGAAGUUAGAAUUCUAAGAUUAAUUACCACAAAUUCAGUCGAGGAAGUUAUUCUCGAGAGAGCUUACAAAAAACUAGAUAUUGAUGGAAAAGUCAUUCAAGCAGGUAAAUUCGAUAACAAAUCUACAUCAGAAGAACAGGAAGCGUUACUCAGAUCGUUGCUAGAUGCAGAAGAGGAACGUAGAAAGAAAAGAGAAUCUGGUGUUGAAGAAGAAGAAGAGUUGAAAGAUUCAGAAAUCAACGAAAUUCUUGCUCGAAAUGAUGAAGAAAUGGCUAUCCUCUCAAAAAUGGAUGACGAUAGAUCAAAGAAAGAGGAGGAAUUGGGAGUGAAGAGCCGUCUUUUAGAAAAGGAUGAAUUACCUGAUAUUUACAGUAGAGAUAUUGGUGCCGAGCUUAAGCGUGAAGAAUCAGAAUCUGCUGCUGUUUACAAUGGGAGGGGUGCAAGGGAGCGUAAAACGGCAACUUACAACGAUAAUAUGUCUGAAGAGCAAUGGUUAAGACAAUUUGAAGUUAGUGAUGAUGAAAAAAAUGAUAAGCAUGCAAGAAAACAAAGAACAAAAAAGGAAGAUAAGAGCGAGACCGUUGAUGAGGAUACGGAGGUUAAGGGCGAGUUCAUUGACGCUGAUAAUAACGAUCCUAGAAACGACCCUAAUUCGGCUGAAUAUCGGACAGAUGCGGAUUUGGCGAUGAAUGACGAUGAUUUCUUAUCUAAAAAGAGAAAGGCGGGAAGGCCACGAGGGAGACCUAAGAAAGUCAAGCUUGAAGCAUCUGAGAACUCUGAAGCACCAGUGCUUGAAUCAAGUCCGGUUACUGGCGAUAAUUCACCAAGUGAAAGUUUUAUGGACAUUCCAAAACCACGUACGGCGGGUAAAACAUCUGUUAAAUCAGCAAGAACCUCAGCAAGGGGCCGUGGUCGAGGUCGCGGUCGCGGUCGAGGACGAGGACGUGGUCGAGGAAGACCACCGAAAGCAAGGAAUGGGCUUGAAUAUGUCCGUACUCCCGCUGCAGCAACCAGCCCUAUUGACAUUAGGGAGAAAGUUGCUAAACAAGCUCUAAUCUUAUACCACUUCGCCCUCAAUUAUGAAAAUGAAGCUGGAAGGAGACUUUCCGACAUUUUCCUCGCCAAACCUUCCAAAGCACUCUAUCCUGAUUACUAUAUGAUUAUCAAGUACCCUGUGGCCUUUGACAACAUUAACACACAUAUUGAAAUGUUAGCUUAUAACUCACUCAAAGAGACCCUUCAAGACUUCCAUUUGAUAUUUUCCAACGCCAGGAUAUACAAUACUGAGGGUUCAGUAGUAUAUGAAGACUCUCUAGAACUGGAAAAAAUGGUCACCAAAAAAUACCGUGAGAUAAUGGACGAUAACUCAGCAAUCGACUUUGCUAAAUUUGACGAACAGUAUGGCACUAAACCCCUCGUAUUGCCUCCUGUUGUUACUUCAAGUGUGGCUGAAUCUCUCACAGAUGAAGCGGAUUCGAGCAUGACAGAAGCAAGUAUAUAG